CCCCACUUCUGAUGAGCUAUAAAAAUGAAACAGGCACAUUAUCUCAUUCACCACCUGAUCAAAAAUGGAUCUGCAAAUCUCAGUUUUUCUUCUGGUCGUUCUUUUCACUGCAGGACACUCUCUUAGCUGUUAUAACUGUGCAAGUGUGUUGGGCUCUUGUACCCAGACGACUUCGUGUUCGAGUGGAUUUACCAACUGCUUCAGUGCAACAUUAACACUCAACAGUUCUACAGUGAAGCUUAAAAGUUGUGCUCCAUCUGCCUGCCCAAGUGGAACCAUCAACUAUGGCAUUGGAAAAGGCUCUUCUCUGUGCUGUAACACAGAUCUCUGUAACUCCCAAGAUGCUCCAGAUUCCAGCACUAACACUCCCAAUGGAAGGUCAUGUUACUAUUGUGAUGGACAGAGCUGCUCAAAAACAGUGAGCUGUUCAGGGACUGAAGACCGCUGCUUUAAUGCAACAGUCUUUUCAUCAGUGUCUACUGGAGCCCAGUCACAGGUUUUAAAAGGCUGUGUCUCUAAAUCUUUUUGUGAUGCCACAGCAUUGAUUUCAUAUGUACAAAAUGCCUCAUGUUGUGAGGCGAGUCUGUGUAACAAUGCUAAGAGCGUCACUCAGAGCUUCCUGUUCCUCUGCUGUUCUCUGCUCUCCUUCAUCCUGCUACACUGAAUCCAGAAGCUCUACAGAUUCAACAGCUGCAGCAAAGACUAAAUAUUAUGUGUUCUACAAACAUAGAUUGAUUUACCUCUGUACUGUCUUUGACUUGGUGUGAAGAAUCUAAAAAGACGGUGAAGGUGAAGAGGGGCUACUGGUGCACAAUGUCUUCACCAUGCAUCACCUUUCUCACUGUGCUAUGGGGGUGCUUUGGCCUUUCUUGUGGGUGCUGAAGCAGUGCCCUUCCCUGGCGCCACCCAUGUUUAUUACGAUUAUUAAAAAAUAUAUAUUUCUGCAUCUAUUUCUGUGGUUUGCACCGGCACACCCGUGGCUAAUACGCAGAGUCGGAUAUUUUUGGCACAUCCAGUUUUUCUGAUGCACACCCAGAGUCUCUUUUCUGGCUACGCUACUGCUCUACACACAUAUUUUUACUAUUUAAAAUAAAACUACAGAUAUAAUCAACAGUCUACACUCUGUAUGUCCUAUAUUGCCAAAUAAAAAUGCAAUCAGUCACAAUGAAUCAGUCAUUUAUGUAAUUAAAUUGUAUCAAUAUGGUAUUUGGAUGGUGAUAAAAGUUGAUCUAGCAGCCUUUGUUAUAUUCUUCCACUUUCUUUCAC